UUUACAAGCCUCUGUAGGAUCACAUAUAGUGCGGUAUAGGAAUCCACAUCAGGUAUUUGUUGUGUUGAACGGAAAAGCGCAACAAAGGCCAUUAAAACACAAUUACGAUCCAUAGACCUCCAUCGAUACAUACUUGCGGAUAACGGGAGAAAGAGCGCAGUCGCUUUCCCCGAAGCAAGGCCUUUAAGAGUGCAUGAUAGAACUCUAAUUCCCUCACAUGAGUAGACUUGUAUAAAGGGAGGGACAAAUGCGUUCCCCUCGAAAUGUAAGAUAUUUUUGGGGUGUUCAUACAGCUCAUCACAAUGGUCAACUUGCUCCAAACCGCGCUCCUGGCUCUCGUCGUCAGUAAUUCUGCGAUAGCCCUACCAAACCCGAUCAGUUAUCCCGUCCCAAAGCCAGACCCAAUUCAUGGAACUUCCAAGUACCAGCGAAGAGGCUUGACGCUCGAGGGGAGAGCUACACGGUUAACCUAUGCCAAUGAGGCGGUUGCGGGCAUUAUAGCUUUACAUCAGUGGUAUGGAGACAAUGGUCUCUGGGAUAACCACUGGUGGAACAGCGCCAAUGUCAUUACCAUGCUUGCCGACUUUCAAGCAUUUUCCCCCGAUCAGGUCAGCGGCUACACAGCCGAUGUCUUCCCAAAGACGUUGGCAAAUGCUCCGUCGUGGGGUGCCUUCACCGGAUUCAUCAACGACUACUAUGAUGAUGAGCUGUGGUGGUGUCUUGCUUGGAUUCAAGUCUUCGAUGUGACGAAGGAGCAGAAGUAUCUUGACAUGGCAUCCUCGAUCUUUGAAGAUGCUAAGAAGGCUUGGGGCCAACCUGCUUGCGGCGGUCUAUAUUGGAAAAAGGGUGACCCGGCUGUCAAUGCGAUCGAGAAUGAGCUCUACCUCACCGCUGCCUCCAAACUUGCAAACCGCAAGCCCAGCUCGCCCUCAGGAGGUUACUACUUCAACGAGGCGAUCAAGGCUUAUGAAUGGUUUUUCAAAUCGGGCAUGAUCAACAGCGAGUUCCUCAUCAAUGAUGGUCUAACUGCAGAUUGUAAAAACAACGGCGCCACGACCUGGUCCUACAACCAGGGUGUCAUUCUUGGUGGCCUUACCGAGCUCACUUGGUCGACCGGCGAUGCUAAAUACACCACCCUUGCAGUCAACAUCGCCACAGCAGCAAUCACGAAACUAACAAACGCGGAUGGCAUCUUAACUGAUGCAUGCGGGACCUGCGGGGGCGAUGGCGGCCAAUUUAAAGGCGUACUUGCCCGCAACGUCCAGUUCAUGUACAACCGCGCCAACGGGCUCUCGGAUGCUACCAAGGCGCAGUUCAAGGCCUUCUUACAGUUGAACGCCGACACGGUGUGGGAGAAAGAUCAACAAGGAAACUUCCUUGGCCCAGUCUGGUCCGGACCAUAUAUCCAGGCUGAUGUAAACUCUCAGAGCUCAGCGUUGGAUCUUCUGGUUGCUGCGGCCGGAGUGUCAUAAGUUACGUUUGCGGCAGAAGUUUCCACUUGUCUCUAGCUGAUGAAUUUUGGAUGGUUGACCUUUGGAAAUACCGAAUGUAAAUAUGGAUCUAAACGAACUUAUGAAUAUAUAGUAAGAGAGCGAUUAAAUUGGGCGUUCUUAGUAUCGCACUGUCCAAUCUCAUAAUGCAUAAUUUGAAU